ACAAACCGAACAAGGCAGUGAGCAAGAAAUUCCGUUCCUGUUGAAACCAGUAAUUCCUCCGUGCAGGCUGCUUUUCUCUGUGUGUGUGCGUGCGCACGUGUGUGUGUGCGUGUGCGCUCUUUCUUUUGUGUCACUUCGAGGACGGCUCUGAUAUUAUUAUUAUUUUAAAUAUAGCUUGCCCUGGGGCGGGGAAAUGCACGAGGAAAGAGCCGGCGAGCAGCCUAUCUCUCAGAAGGAAAGAGCAAGCCUCGCAGCACAGGAACUGGCUUCACUCAAGUGUGCAGUUUAGAAGUCAACAAAAACUGUUUCAAAUACCACCAUUUUGGAGGAGGCCGAAGAAAAAGGACACAAAACUGGCUAAACACAGUGAAGAACAUGGUAAAUCACGGUACAAAGUGCACCUAAUGGAAGUUUGAGAGUGGGCUCUGAAGUACAAUCUUGGUUUUGCUUUUCAGCUGGAUUUUCAAAUGUAUGCCAACGCUGGACUUCCUAUGGAACUGAAAACAAAACAUUUCAGCUUUCGGAGUAAUUCUGGCAUGUUUUUCUACAUCACACUAGUGGGAAAAAUACAGUCGACAAAAGAUUGUGCUCCCCCAACUUCUGGCAUGGACAGCUGAGGAAUAUAAAGCCUGAUGGUGACGAAGGGUGGUAAUUUCUUAUUUUUCACUAUUUAUCUCACCGUUUUUGGACUCAGCAAUGGAUAUUCUUUGUGAUGAGGAGAGCUCUGCGAACCCAACUGCAAACUCCUUAAUACAAAUAAAUCACGAGAGAAGACUCUACAGAAAUGUUUAUGGAGCUGGAGAGAUUAAUAUAUCACAUCUCUUUAACCUGACCAUGGACUCUGAAAACCUAACCAACCUUUCGUGUGAAAGUAACAUGAGUCCACCGUGCUACUCUUCCCUGUUUCAGCUUUCACAGAAAAACUGGCCAGCUUUGCUGACAGUGAUAGUGAUUGUUUUAACCAUUGCUGGAAAUAUUCUUGUCAUCAUGGCUGUGUCACUGGAGAAAAAACUACAGAAUGCCACUAACUAUUUUCUAAUGUCACUUGCAAUAGCUGAUAUGCUGCUGGGUUUCCUUGUCAUGCCUGUCUCAAUGUUAACCAUACUGUACGGUUACACGUGGCCUCUACCUACGAAGCUCUGUGCUAUUUGGAUCUACCUGGACGUGCUUUUCUCCACUGCCUCCAUCAUGCACCUCUGUGCCAUCUCACUGGAUCGCUACAUUGCCAUCCGAAACCCCAUCCAUCACAGCCGGUUUAACUCAAGAACUAAGGCUUUUGCAAAAAUAAUUGCUGUUUGGACCAUAUCAGUUGGUAUCUCCAUGCCUAUACCUGUCUUUGGACUACAAGAUGACUCCAAAGUGUUUAAGAAAGACAGCUGCUUACUUGUGGAUGACAAUUUUGUCCUAGUAGGCUCUUUUGUGGCAUUCUUCAUCCCUCUAACCAUCAUGGUGGUCACCUACUUUUUAACUAUCAAGUCACUGCAGAAGGAAGCUAUGCUAUGCGUGAAUGACAUUGGCCCAAAAACCAAAUUUGCUUCAUUUAGCUUCCUCCCUCAGAGUUCCCUGUCCUCAGAGAAACUCUUUCAGCGCUCUUUGAACAGAGAGGUGGGGACUUCUGGGAGGAGAACCAUGCAAUCCAUCAGCAACGAACAGAAGGCUUCCAAGGUUCUUGGCAUUGUCUUCUUUCUGUUUGUUGUGAUGUGGUGCCCGUUUUUCAUCACCAAUGUGAUGGCUGUAAUUUGCAAGGAGUCAUGCAAUCAAGAAGUCAUUGGAGGACUACUUAACGUAUUCGUUUGGAUUGGCUACCUUUCUUCGGCUGUCAACCCACUCGUAUAUACGUUGUUCAACAAAACCUACCGCUCAGCUUUCUCUCGUUACAUUCAGUGUCGCUACAAGGAGGAGAAGAAACCUUUCCAGCUGAUUUUAGUGAACACUAUCCCAGCACUUGCGUAUAACUCCAGCCAGCUCCAGCUAGCACAAAUGAAGAGUUUAAAAAAAGAGGCAAAAAUGAUGGCUAAGGAUUAUUCGAUGGUCACGAUAGGAAUACAUCAUUUGGAUGGUACCUCUAAGGGAAGUAUCAGCCCAGCGAACGAAAAGGUUAGCGGUGUGUGACAGUUGGCAGCUGCCAUGACAACCACCGUGUGCACACUGAAAAUUUCACCUGGCGGCGAGAAGCUCUGAUAGCUUAGGAAAAUCAGCCCUGUUCAAGAGACCCUCCAAUAACAUCACAUACUCCUCAUAUUAUCCUGUAGAGGAAAAGCAGGGUGGAAAUGAUAUCAAAUGUGCAAUUUUUUUUCAUACAGUACUUUGGCUGUUUUAAGCACAGGCUUUAUUAAACUUAUUUUUUUAAUCUUCUAAAGGAUAUAUUUCUUAAAGAAAAAAAAAUGCAAUUUCUGGUAUUAUAACAUGGGCUGUGAAGAAACCUACGCAUUUCUUUUCUCUUUGCAAAUGAAAGCUAAGCUGUCCUUUGAUGUCCUCGCAGAAUAGGCUCCAGCUAGUUUGUCUUGCAACAAUGGAAUUUUAUCAUUAACUGAAUGAGCACUUUAUGGAAUUUUAAAUAAAAUGAUGCUUAAUUUGCUAAUAUAUAUUUAAAAUAAAUUUUGAAGUAUUAAAGAAAAAUCUAUUUAAACCUGUAUAGAUGAAUUAUAUGGACAUUUUGGUAACAGUGUUUUUAUGGCUAUUUUUUUCUUCUGAGUGACCGUUCUGAAAUGUUACCGGGCUUUUCUGCCAUUUGUUCUAUAGUUCAAAUUAGCAGUCUUCAAAGGUAAAUUAUACUUGAAUGAUCCUUUGUUUCUACCACCGCUCAUAAUCUUUAUUUCAUGUCUUGUACUUUAUUUCCAUUCAAAAAGUUUCAUCUGUUCAGCUUAAAACUUGAAAGUAAUUUUUUCAAAAGUAAUUAUUGGGCUUGAUUCCCUGCUCCUUCCCACUGGUGUUGACAGAAAUGCGAAGAGAGAAGAGAGGAAAAUCAGGCACAACAUUGCUAAAUAAUUUCAGGAACGAUUCCACAUCCAUGCCAAAACUGUGGAAAUUUUGCAUGAGUAAAGCCUGCAGUAAAAGGUUGCAGCGGAUCCUCUCUCACCAUUUCUCUUUGGUUAAAAAGGCCAUUACGAAGAUGUCCUUCUGGUUUCGUUUUAGGGCUGGUAGAGCCAGAAUUAUUAGAAAACUAUUACUUGUUCAUAAUUGUUUUCCCUGGUUUCACCGUUUUGCUGUUAUGAUAGAUUGCUCAGGAACGGUAGGUAGCUUGCACUAUUGGGACUCAGCCUUAAUGAAAUAUGUAUGGGCAAACGGGGCCCACUUGAAAAAUAACAGGACUUAUAAGCGGCACUGUAUUUCACCUGCAUAGCUCCAAGGGCAGAAUACAUUACAUAAAGAACAUCAAAUAUAUUGCUUGACAGAAACGCCUCGUCAUGAAACUAUUUCCUUUCGGGCACCACAGACAAUUUCACUGAAGCCAGUGGGUGUCUGCUGGAGAGCAGAAAUACAAAUGUUGCAUCCACCUGCAAAACCUAAAUCCAAGCAUUUGACUCGUUCCAUGAAUUUUGCAGCCAUAAUUAUCAGAAGCAGGAUGCAUUCCAGUUUCAGAUCCUGUCCGCUCUGAAAUAAACACUGCCUACCCAGAAGCCAAACUCCAAUGCCUUCAUCAGUCCUUCUCUUGAAGUUGUUCGAUUUUCACAGAACAAUUACAUUUCGGCUAAGGCAAAGAAAGAAGGAGAGAGACAGAGGGAACCUGAAUCUGAUUCAAGCCUAUCAGCUGAGGAUUUUUGAAAGGGGAAGACUUUUAGCUUAAAAUACAGAUCUAUGGUAGAAGAAGACUUAAAACUUGGCUGAGUAUUUGGCUGAUUUCCAAGAAACUGCUUUUAUUGUUCUCUUGGCAGCCUGAUAACUAAAUCUGGCAGUUUUAUGAGCUGUUUCCUCCAACAUGGGGUAGGUCAGAGCCACCAUGCACAGGUCACAUAGGAGCUCUGUGUCCACAUGGUGACAUUGACUCACCACAGCCCUCAGUCUCCACGCUUGGCUCAAAGUGUCAUGCUGUCAUCCAUCAGCUUGUGACCAUUAAUGGUUUUCUCCCCAAAACUGGGAAUUUAGGAUCACCUGAUAGAUCAAGCGGUAUAAAUGCUGUACUGACCGAGGUGGUUUAUAUGGUCUCUCUGUCUCUGGGUACACCUGAUCACCACAACCAAACUGAACAGCUUCAGCAGAAGGAAAAAUGAACUCGUUACUCCUGCCUCCUUAUGCACACCCUGCUCCCACACUGCACUGUGUGAGGAGUGCCAUACGGAAGGGAUUUCAGGGGGAACCUGCUAAAUGCAGCUGAGCAUGAGGACCACCAUAAUAGUAGGUGGGAGCAGUGACUUCCCACUGUUUCCUGACGUGUUUGAUAUAGACCCUGAAUCAGGGGGUUUGAGCUAAGGACAACAGCCAACUUGUAUCACACAGGCCAGCCAGGCAAGGGAUGGAGCACUGAUGGAGCACAAGUGGUCCAGGGCAUCCCAUGAAACAGGGUAUUCAGGUACCUCCCUGUCUUCAGAUGUCUCCCCUUCAUGACUGGAGUGGUUUUCAGGAUUCACCCUUGGGAACAGGCACCCCAGGGAAGAAAUAGGCAGUAAUAAAAGCAAAAGUCUUUCAUAAGUAGAGGCCUGAGGCUCAGGAUCUGCCACCAAACCAGAUUGCCUUCAUAUGAUGAAUACUGACACGGGAUCGAAGAUCUCUAACCCUGUGUGUAAGGGGAAAGGGAACACAGGUGCUUCCACAAGUGGAGGGAAUUGACAUGUUUUGUGUAAUUUGUGCCCAUCUUGAUGCAAGCGUCUCUAGCCUUGCAAGAGAAAGAAGCAGACGCGGUGGACAGCUCGGGUCCUAUUGCCCAUGUGUGCCAGGGAGCAGAGCAUACCGUACAACGUAUACAUGUAUGACGUAUUCUCCAAAGCUCAAUUCCUCCCAAAACUCCUGAGUUUCUGGUCUCCUUCACUAGCUCCCACUUGACAAACUGGUACUGAGCAUUUAACGUUCACUGCUUGUGCUCUCUGCCUACUGUCUGCUUUUCGCCCACGUGGCAGAGCAAAUCAGCCCCCCCACCCCGCCUCAUUUCUCUUUCAUUUCACCUUCUGUUCCUCUCUCACAAUGUCAAAUUGCUCAGGUCGCAAAUACUGACGGGGAAUGUUUCACUACAAACAGAGAGGGUUUCAAUUACUUGCUUGAUGUUUCAUUAGAAGAUGACUGAACAAUGAUUUUUUUUUCUCCAGCUUAUUAAAAUAAAACCUAUGUUUUGGACCUAAGAGACUUGACAGCGUCUCUUUAAUUGACAGCUGGAGGUAACGUAGCACUUAUUUUUUGCUUAGAACCAGGGAUAUCUGAUGCCUGACAUUUUAAUUCUGUGAGCACUCAGAUAGGUGGUUUUUUGAGCGAUCAGCAGCUUUUGCCUAAGAAGCCUCUCAAAGCCAAGAAUGCACAGCAGAUAAAGACCAAUAUCUCCAGCUUUUUAUGGACAUCCUUGACAGUUUAGCAGGGCCUGAUUCUGCCACCUUGCACCGAAACGUUAGUAGAUUUUUGUGUGGUUUGCCUUAGUGAGGAUGACAGAGUCAGCGCCUGAAUUUGUUCUACCCACCAUGCCAGAUCUGCAGGAGGUCGUUUGUCAGUAGAUAGCAAUUAAAAGAGUCACUAUACUGCUGUCAGAUGACAAAGUUCAGCCAUUUUAAACCAGAAUUUAUAGCAUUGGGCCUAUGCUUGGGACGAACACUACAGUUCAGUAUGACUAGCUUCCAUCUCGCAAAAAAAUGUGUUUUCAUCUCGCAAAAAAAUGUGAGUGUUCUCAUUAUGCAUCAGGCUGGAAUGGAAACUUUUGUAAUUUUCCAGGCAAAAAAAAAAAAAGAGAAGACAUUCACAGAGACUAGCUCAGAAGUUAGGGCCUUCCCCUGCCUUACAGGAAAAGCAUGCUGAGUCAGUCUGUCAUAUCCGCAUCCAAAACACCCACUUUGUCUGAAAAAAUGUUUCAAUCAACAAUUUUUCAAGCAGACCAAUGUUUUAUUACUGUUAAGACUGCAUCUGAGAAAUGUCCAAAGACAUGAAGCUCACCAUGUAUCUCCUAAGCUGGUGUGCAUACUUUAUACACUUCAGGGUAAAAAAAAUCCUAUGUAUCUAUCCCAUCCAGCCAACCAUGCACUGUACUCCUGUAAUUAUUGCCAAACGCUGAGAUGCAUUCUAUUUUGAAUACCUAUAUGUUUGCUUAUGUAAGUACAUAGAGAAAAGUUUGCUGUAUUUUGUAAAUGUUAAUGUAAAAUGGUGUUCCAACGCUUUAUUGUUUUGUCAGAUCCCACUGCUAGUAAAGCAGAUUAAAAUAUUUAAAUGCCAUCCGUUGUUUUAUAAACCAGAGGUUCGUCUUAAGUACCUGUUUUCGUUUAGUUUAAUUUCUCCCAUACGUACCCACAGUACCACGUCUGCUGAAGGCUAAAGUAAUUUUAAAUAUCUUGCUGGCCAAAGAGAAAGAGCGUAUUGCAGAAUUCAACUAUCACAGUAAACUGGUCCAA